AUGGUGCAGAGGUUGUUGGCAGCACUGGCAGCCAUUUCCAUAAUCGUCGCCGCACUUUUUGGAGAUUCCGUUGACUGCUUUGACGGUGGUGGCAAAUCCGAACCACAACCCACUCUCUACGACGAGCUCAUUCUCCCCACCGGUUACCCCUACACCGAAUACAUGUUCUUCGUAUGUUCAUUCUGUUUCUUUAGUAAUAAGAGUUGGUUCCUAAUCCCUUCUUUUACAUUGCUUUUUGUUUGGUUUCAGGCUGAUAAGCUUUUGUCCCCAGAAUUCCAACCUUCUAUAGUUAUUAAUUUUGAUUUUCCCAAGAAUUCAGAAACUUAUCUCCACAGGGUCAGUUGCUCAGGGAGGUUUGGGCAUCUUGGUUUAGCAAUUAACUUGAUCACUUAUUGGGACCGCUUUAAUUUGUAUGUUGCUAACAUUAGUAACAUCAGUUUGGGGGGAAUGAGAAGAGUUUUCUAUUUCUCUCAGGGACGGAGAGAACAGUUGGCCUGCACUUGGACGUCUCAUACCCUAAUUUACUUCCAAAAUAGAUUAUUCGUGAAGUGUAUUGUAGAGCUUUCCAUUUGGUUCUUUUAUCCGAGGAAGGCCUAGUACAAGCUUGGGGUGAUUUAAUGACAUUUUUUAAUUCCUUUCCUAAAAAGUUAUUUUUGUUUGUUUGUAAAUUUCAUAUAUACUGUGGUUGCAUGUAUAGAGAUGACAUGGCUAAUUUGGUUUGAAUUCUAUUAAUGUAAUAUUAUUUUUUAUUGAUUAA